AUGUUCGCCGGCUACAACAACAAGAAGCGCGUGACGGAACGCUACAAAAUCGUCGGCUUCAUCAGCAGCGGCACGUAUGGCCGUGUCUACAAGGCCGAGGGCCGCAAUGGACGCACCGGCGAGUUUGCCAUCAAGAAGUUCAAGCCCGAUAAGGAAGGUGAGCUGCAGUACUCGGGCAUCUCGCAGUCGGCCAUCCGCGAGAUGGCGCUGUGCACCGAGCUGGCCCAUCCCAAUGUCGUCCACACGGUCGAGAUUAUCCUCGAGGACAAGUGCAUCUACAUCGUCUUUGAGUAUGCCGAGCACGACCUCCUGCAGAUCAUCCACCACCACAACCAGCCCCAGCGCCAAGCCAUCCCCGCCCGCACCAUCAAGUCCAUCCUCUACCAGCUGCUGCAGGGCCUCGUCUACCUGCACCGCAACUGGGUCAUGCACCGUGAUCUCAAGCCCGCCAACAUCAUGGUCACCAGCGCCGGCAAGGUCAAGAUUGGCGACCUGGGCCUCGCCCGCUUGUUCUACAAGCCACUGCAGUCCCUCUUCUCGGGCGACAAGGUCGUCGUCACCAUAUGGUACCGCGCCCCCGAGCUGCUCCUGGGCAGCCGCCACUACACGCCUGCCGUCGAUCUGUGGGCCGUAGGAUGCAUCUUUGCCGAGCUGCUCUCGUUGCGUCCCAUCUUCAAGGGAGAAGAGGCCAAGAUGGACAGCAAGAAGACGGUCCCCUUUCAGCGUAACCAGAUGCAAAAGAUUGUCGAGAUCAUGGGGAUGCCUACCAAGGACCGCUGGCCGCUGCUAACGGCAAUGCCCGAGCAUCCUCAGCUCGCCUCGCUUCUCUCAGGCAACGCCGCACGCUUCCCGCGUCCCCAAAGCGGCGAUGGCCUGGAGCGUUGGUACCACCAGACGCUCAACAACAACCAGUACCCAAUCGGCUCUGGGCCCGACACCCCCGGUCCAGAAGGGCUCUCGCUGCUCAAGCAACUCCUCGAGUACGACCCCCAGAAACGCCUGACGGCAGAAAAGGCGCUAUUGCACCCCUACUUUACCGUUCACGGCAAGCCGGCCGAGAGCUGCUUCGAAGACUCCAAGGUCAAGUAUCCCGUGCGGAGGGUUAGCCAGGAAGACAACGACAUCCGCACAUCAAGCCUGCCUGGCACCAAGCGAAGCGGCCUGCCAGACGACUCCAUCAUUGGACGGCCUGCAAAGCGACUCAAGGAAGGGUGA